CCUUUUGUCCAAUCGGGAACUUGAAUGAUCAAGGAUACCUGAUCCAAUGUAACAAUAUAAAGCCCACCUAAUCAAUAAUUCACAAGUAAUACAUGAAUUAUUGAGUACAUAGACGACUAUUGAUGUAGCUUAUCACAUUGUGUCUUGUAUUGCAGAUUGAAAGGAGAAAACACUAAAAAUGGACACUUUGUUUUUGAGCAUAGUAGCAACCUUCCUCCUACAAUCAGCCUUAGGGGCUGUCCAGACAAUAGGUGUUGACCCAGUUACCCUUGAAGGAACUGAUUUAUUAUUAGAUGGUUCCAACAAAGUCUUUCUGAGAUCUGCACAGACAUUUUCACAAGAUUCCAUAGUCACAGAAAUAGAAGCAGCCAUUGGGUCGGAUGAUAUCUUAACUAAUGAUCCAGAUACCCGAGUCAUACAUUUCCAAAUAUGGAGGCCUGUUUCUGGGAAACAAUACACCUUGUUGGAAGAGAGGGUUGUUAUUGUAGAAGAAUUGUCAAGAACUGUCAAGAUUCCAGUUACAACUGAUGAGUGUUUUAUUGCAAAGGCAGGAGAUGUUAUAGCAUUCAUGAACAAUGCAAGCAAGGCGGGGCCUAUAGCCAAAACAUUUGGAAAACCAUCAGAUCUGCUUUACUUCACAUAUACGUCCGAGAACAAGCCUGUUGUAGGCUCAGAUGUAACCUUUAUUUCUGCAUUAUACCCAUACACCUUCCAGUUCAAUGUAAAAGCCAAUACAGAUAUCCCAACUUCAUGUCUUGCAUUGACUGAAUCUUCAGAAACUACUCCUGAGACAACUCCUGAGUCUAGCACUGAAUCAUCCAACACUACUGUAAUCUCCAGCACUCCCACUCCAAGGACUGGAGGAAACACAUCGAACACUGCAGCUUCAACAUCAAUAAAUGCAGCCAUAGCUUUACUGACUAUAUCAAUCAUUGCUCUGUCUAAAUUAUAAUUAACAUCUUAAAGUAUUUUCAGUAAUGAGAAUGGUAGCCUUUCCAAUAGUUUGAUCCUAGCCCUAAUUACUAAUUACCAGGCUCUGACAUUCAGGGUAUCAGAAUGGACUUUAAUAAAUGAAGAUGCCAUUUUUAUUCCUUUCUGAUUGUGCCAUUGUGAGAAUAACCUUAUUGGCCAUAAAACAGAAACUGAGGCUCUUGAAUUUCAUUUGGAACUACGGUGUCCUACAUUUUAUAGUGAAACACAGGGUGUCCCAUGAGCUGAAGAUCUGUGCAAUACAAAUAGGAAUCAUAGAUGGUUAACAUUUAAAUCCUCCCCAAAUUUAAUAAAUUAUGUUUGAAGAAAGUCAUUGUAAAUAAUGUACAUUAUAAGUGUAAGUAAAUACAAAUGUCAUGUAGUUUAGUGGUUCAUGUCAUGAAGUUUACUUGUAUAUGUCAGAUAGUUUAGUGAUUCAUGUCAUGAAGUUUACUUGUACAUGUCAGGUAGUGUAGUUGUACAUGUCAGGUAGUGUAGUUGUACAUGACAGGUAGUGUAGUUGUACAUGUCAGGU